UGGGAGGGGAUAACGGCAUAUAGCGUCGCGACGCCAGCCGUCCGACUUAGUUAGUCUCUCUCUCUUCAGUAGGCCGACAGCGUCGUUCUGAAGUUUAAUCUCCAUUAUAGAGUUGUUUCGGUGGUGAAAGAAAAAGAAAAGGACGGAAAAUGGCGCCGCGCAACAAGGAACAGGAAGCCGAGGUCCUCGCGUGGAUCGAGAGCGUGCUCGGCGAGAAGCUGCCGCCUGGAAACUACGAGGACAUACUCAAGGAUGGCGUUAUUCUCUGUCAGCUGAUCAACAAACUUGCUCCUGGAUCCGUGAAGAAGAUACAGACCAAGGGCACCAACUUUCAGCUCAUGGAAAACGUUCAGAGAUUUCAGGCUGCUAUAAAGAAUUACGGAGUCCCUCAAGAGGAAAUCUUCCAGACGGCAGAUCUCUUCGAGAGGCGCAACAUUCCUCAAGUUACGUUGUGCCUUUACGCCCUUGGGAGGGUCACGCAAAAACAUCCCGAGUAUACUGGACCUCGGCUCGGACCAAAAAUGGCGGAUGAGAACAAGAGGACCUUCACGGAGGAGCAGCUUCGCGCGAGCGAGGGACAAGUUAAUUUACAAAUGGGCUACAACAAGGGUGCCAGUCAGUCCGGACACGGUGGCUUUGGAAAUACGCGACAUAUGUGAUGACAAUAUGACAUGCGUAUCGAUUGCUUAAUCGACUGUACCAUCAAAGUUUUACUGUCCUUUCUAGAGGUCAAAAUCAGGUAAUUGCCCUUGGCGAUAUCGUCGCUAUCCUUUUGCCGUAACUCCUAAUAUGUACAAUAUACUAUACAUGUAUUUUGCGUACGAAUAUAUCUUCUUUCGCUUA